AUGCGAGUGCUUCUCAUCGACGCCUUGAGCAGCACGAUGGCUAUGGAAAUGCCUGUGAUCCCUUCUUCCUCUACCCCUUCAAGCUCUUCAGGGUUCUUUAGCAUGGUAUACAGAAGGGAGCAUGGCUUGGAUGAGAUUGCAGAAGAAGAGGUUCCUGCGACAGAUGCCAUCGACGAGUCAGAAGAUGAUGGUCAUGUUGAGACCUACAGAGAGAAGGUUGAACGUUAUCAAAACUCAGGAAUGGACGAGAUUUCAGAUGAUGAAUUUUGGCGCUUGAUUCAACAUGGAGUUCCUACAGAAGAGGACGCUGCAGCAUAUCACCGUCAAUACACUGACACGCACCUUGAGAAUAUUAUGAGGGAAACCAAUCGUCUAUUGGAUACUCGUAUGCAAAGGCUGAGAGCUGAGUUCGAAGCAGCAGCCGUGCGCAACAACCAGAUUGCAAUGGACCAGAUUGAGAAUGAAAUGACCAAGUGUGCACACCUCAGGUAUUCUACCUAG